AUGGAACCUAUAAACAGCGUGGAGUCAGUAGACGAUCCCUACCUGUUAUACCCCGAACUUGCCAUCGCCACACCUCCAACCUCACGCAUUAGACGGCUUGUCGCUUACGACUGGGCAAACGGCUUUGUUAGCCCAUUCAGAGAAACCCCAACCGACGUAUGCACGUCAUUGGCAGAAUACCUCCGCCUUCACUCUCUAGUUUCUGCUAGAGAUAGCUUGUUGGACUUGGGAUGCGGGAAUGGAGCUUUGCUUUUUGGUGUGGUGAAAGCUCUUGGCCCUGUGGCGACCUCUUGUUCCCUGGUGGGUCUGGAUCUCGACCUAACGUUGGUUGAGGAAGCUGCCAAAACAGCGACAGGGGAUGCGAUUAUACGCAAUCAACGAGUUCAGUUGUUUGUGGGAGAUAUUGUGAGCCGCAAUCCUGUUUCUCAGGUGCAUCCACGUUUGAGAUCAAACAUCGAUGGCAUCUCCAUGGUGUCGACAACAACCACUGUUGAUACCCUCCUAGAUGAUGCUUCAGUAAUACUGCUAUAUCUAUUACCAGAAGCAAUAGGAAAGCUUUUGCCGAGUCUUCGUCAUCAAAUCCAUCUUGGCAAGUUGGUUGUAAGCAUUAAAUGGCCAUUAACAUCUCCGGAUUUGGAUCUCUCCGAGUUCCUCUGCACACAUCAGGAUGGAUAUCUGGUUUACAGACGUAGCAUUAAGGCUUAA